CGGGUUUUCGAAGAAAAUAAAAGUAAAGCAUUAGACGCUGAACAAGAGCAUAUUCGAAGGUUAGAAUUUUAUUUUAAAACACUGGUAUUACAUAAAAAAUACGCUUCGGUCGAUUCACGCCAAAUACUAAAAAUCGAAGCUCUGAAUCUCUGUUUCGGUUUGGUGUUUGUCAGUUUAAUUUUAUUAUUAAUCAGCGAAGAUGCAUUCGAGUCACUUGCUUCUCGAGGAGCCGAUAAGGAUGGCGUCAAUCCUCGAGCCAUCAAAAUCUAGUUUUUUUCCGGCAAUGACUAAGAUAGUAGGUACACUUGGCCCUAAAUCUCGAUCGAUAGAUGUUAUUUCCGGCUGCCUCAAAUCCGGAAUGUCCGUUGCCAGGUUUGAUUUUUCUUGGGGUGAUCCCGAGUAUCACCAAGAAACACUUGAAAACUUGAAGGCUGCUGUGAAAAGCACCAAGAAACUCUGUGCUGUUAUGCUGGACACAGUGGGGCCUGAGUUGCAGGUUGUUAAUAAAAGUGAGAAAUCAAUUUCACUACUAGCAGAAGGUGUUGUUGUUUUAACACCUAAUCAGGAUCAAGAAGCUUCAUCAGAAUUAUUGCCCAUCAAUUUCGAUGGGCUAUCAAAGGCAGUGAAGCCAGGAGAUACCAUUUUUGUCGGCCAAUACCUAUUUACUGGUAGUGAAACUACCUCUGUGUGGCUGGAGGUUUCUGAGGUGAAGGGCAAUGAUGUGGUAUGCGUGAUAAAGAACUCUGCAACUUUGGCAGGGGCAUUGUUCACCAUGCAUGCCUCUCAAAUUCGCAUUGAGUUGCCUACUCUUUCUGAUAAAGAUAAGGAGGUUAUAGGCACCUGGGGAGUUCAAAACAAAAUUGACUUUCUCUCAUUGUCAUAUACCCGGCAUGCAGAAGAUGUACGACAGGCCCGUGAGUACCUCUCUAAGCUGGGAGACCUCUCUCAGACUCAAAUUUUUGCCAAGAUUGAGAAUGUAGAGGGACUAACUCAUUUUGAUGAGAUAUUACAAGAAGCUGAUGGCAUUAUCCUUUCCCGUGGAAAUUUGGGCAUAGAUCUUCCCCCUGAGAAGGUGUUCUUGUUUCAGAAAGCUGCCCUUUACAAGUGUAACAUGGCUGGAAAGCCAGCAGUGGUUACUCGUGUUGUCGACAGUAUGACUGACAACCUAAGACCAACUCGCGCUGAAGCUACUGAUGUUGCCAAUGCUGUGUUGGAUGGAAGUGAUGCAAUUCUUCUUGGUGCUGAGACUCUUCGUGGACUGUAUCCUGUUGAAACCAUUUCUACUGUUGGUAAAAUUUGUGCUGAGGCAGAAAAAGUUUUCAACCAAGACAUGUAUUUCAAGAAAACUGUCAAAUAUGUUGGAGAGCCAAUGACCCACCUGGAAUCAAUUGCUUCUUCUGCGGUUCGAGCAGCUAUUAAGGUCAAGGCCUCUGUCAUUAUUUGCUUCACUUCAUCAGGGAGGGCUGCAAGAUUGAUUGCUAAGUACAGGCCAACAAUGCCAGUUCUGUCUGUUGUCAUUCCUCGGCUUAAGACAAAUCAACUGAAAUGGAGCUUCAGUGGGGCAUUUGAAGCUAGGCAAUCACUUAUUGUUAGAGGUCUCUUCCCCAUGCUUGCCGAUCCACGACAUCCUGCUGAAUCUACAAGUGCAACAAAUGAGUCGGUCCUGAAGGUUGCUCUUGAUCAUGGAAAGUCUUCUGGAGUGAUCAAGUCGCACGACAGAGUAGUUGUUUGCCAGAAAGUUGGGGAUGCAUCCGUGGUUAAAAUUAUUGAGCUUGAAGAUUAAAAUUGAGUUCUUCUAAAUGUUUUAGGGAAUACCUUUUGUCAGAUGGCGGUGGAGGAUUCUGCCGCCGUAACCUUUUUGAGGUGUCUGGGACUAGCUCCUGAUUUGGAAUAUGUAUUAAGAAUAUAAACUGACAAGUAAUUUUUUGUCCGCAACAAUGAUGAAUGCCAUGGAAAUUAUAUCCAUGAUUCCCAUUUUCAGUUGGAAUUGAAAGUUUUUUUUGAGCU